AUGGAAAAUUCAAUCGUUCAAGUAAGCAGCUCCAAAUUUAAAGUUCCUCACGUAUUACAGCAAGAUUCCUUUGAUUGCGGACUUGCUUGUGUUUGUAUGGUUUUACGAGGUUUAGGUUUUGUUGAAGUAGAAUUACGGGAACUCAAUAAAACAGUUGCAGUCUCUAGUAUUUGGACAAUAGACCUGGCGUUCUUAUUCCGAUUUUACAUACCUGACCUUGACUUUACAUAUUAUACCUCGUAUGCAGGAGUCAGAUCUCAAUACAGAGAUAACGAAUAUUAUAGAUCAACUUUUGAUGAAGAUGAACGUCGGGUUAAUAGAUUAUUCCCAAUAGCAAAGAAUUACAACGUUAAUGUUGUACAGAUGGUGCUUCCUCUUGAAGAUUUCAAACGAUUUUUGUUUAAUUCUAAAUUUGCCAUAAUAGCUUUAGUAAAUUCUCGUCUUUUAAAAUGUCAAUUAUGCAAGACUAAGCAAUUCUGCUGCAUUUCUUUAUGCAGUAGUUUUGAUUGUAUCCUGGAUAAAUUAAGAGGAUGUAAUUAUACUGGACACUUUAUUGUUCUUAUUGGCUUUGACCCAAAUUCUGAUUGUCUCAUAUAUCGUGAUCCUGGGAUUACAGAACGUUAUUGCAUGAUUUCCAUGGACGAUUUUGAGCUAGCAAGAAGGUCUUAUGGUACUGAUGAAGAUUGCAUUGUGAUUCGAAUGUAA